AUGGCUGAAGGCGGCGAGGACAGCAGCGGGGCGCGGGCUCUGCUGGCGCUGCGCUCCGCGCCCUGCAGCCCGGCCCCGCUGCCGCCGGCGCCGCUGCCGCUGCCGCCGGCCCCCGCCGCCGCCGCCGCCCCGGGCCCGGCGCUGGCGCGGCUGCAGGGCCGCGAGUUCGAGUUCCUCAUGCGGCAGGCGGCCGUCACCAUAGGCCGCAACUCGUCGCAGGGCUCGGUGGACGUGAACAUGGGCCACUCCAGCUUCAUCUCCCGCCGCCACCUGCAGCUCAGCUUCCAGGCGCCGCACUUCUACCUGCGCUGCCUCGGCAAGAACGGCGUCUUCGUGGACGGCGCCUUCCAGCGCCGCGGCGGCCCGGCCCUGCAGCUGCCCCCGCAGUGUACUUUCCGAUUUCCUAGCACAGUCAUAAAGAUCCAGUUCACAUCUUUAUACCAUAAAGAGGAAGUGAAGGAGCAAGCUUCAUCCCCUCCACUCCGGCCACUUUACCCUCAAAUAUCGCCUCUGAAGAUCCACAUUCCGGAGCCGGAUCUCCGGAGUUUGGUCAGCCCCCUGCCGUCCCCUACUGGCACUAUCAGUGUUCCCAACUCCUGUCCGGCCAGUCCCCGUGGUGCUGGGUCCUCAGGCUAUCGCUUCAUUCAGAACAUUACCUCGGACCUGCAGUUGGCAGCAGAAUACGCCGCAAAAGCAGCAUCGGAACAGCAGGCAGAUGCAUCUGGCGGGGACAGCCCAAAGGAUGAGUCCAAACCACCAUAUUCAUAUGCUCAGCUAAUUGUGCAGGCCAUAUCCUCAGCCCAGGACAGGCAAUUAACACUAAGUGGCAUCUAUGCCCAUAUCACCAAGCAUUACCCAUAUUACAGGACUGCUGAUAAAGGCUGGCAGAAUUCCAUUCGGCACAACCUCUCUUUGAACCGUUACUUUAUUAAAGUCCCACGCUCCCAGGAGGAGCCUGGAAAAGGCUCUUUUUGGCGAAUCGACCCAGCCUCUGAAGCCAAGCUGGUGGAGCAGGCAUUCCGGAAACGAAGGCAAAGGGGCGUGUCCUGCUUUCGGACACCUUUUGGACCCCUCUCCUCCAGGAGUGCCCCAGCCUCCCCAACUCAUCCUGGCCUGCUGUCCCCCCACUCUAGUGGCCUACAGACUCCAGAGUGCCUGUCCCGGGAGGGCUCACCCAUUGCACAUGACCAUGACUUUGGGUCAAAGUUAGCCUCUGUUCCAGAGUAUCGGUAUUCACAAAGCGCGCCUGGCUCACCUGUCAGUGCCCAGCCAGUGAUCAUGGCUGUUCCUCCCCGGCCAUCCACUCUAGUGGCAAAGCCGGUAGCCUAUAUGCCAGCCUCAAUAGUGACUUCACAGCAGCCCUCUGGUCAUGCAAUUCAUGUAGUUCAGCAAGCGCCCACUGUUACGAUGGUCAGGGUGGUGGCCUCCUCUGCCAACUCCGCUAACGGAUACAUACUGACAAACCAGGGCACGGCAGGCGGCACUCAUGAAGCAGCCAGUGCAGUGUUGGACUUAGCUGGUGAUCAUCGAGGCCUGGAUGAGAAGCCGACGAUUGCAUUUGCCACGAUACCCACUGCCAGUCGAGUCAUUCAGACUGUUGCCAGUCAAAUGGCUCAGGGUGUCCCAGGACAAACAGUCACCAUCCUUCAGCAGGCAACUCCAGUAACUCUUGGACAGCACCAAUUACCUGUGCGGGCAGUGACGCAAAAUGGGAAGCAUGCUGUUGCCACCAACAGCAUUACUGGCAGCGCUUACGCUCUCGCAAGCCCGCUGCAGCUCCUUGCAGCCCAGGCCAGCUCGUCCACUCCUGUAGUAGUCAGCCGGGUGUGUGAGGCAGGGACCGAAGACUUAGGAGCAUCAUCGGGAGAGCCUGAUGUCAAAAGACCCCGGAUAGAAGAGGCCAGCGGAGCAGUCUCCACUCAACCUGGGGUUAUCACGUCUACAGCCCCACAAGGACAGGCAACCAACGAAUGAGGAACCGGUGGGCAGAGCUGGAAUGUCAUGAGGGUGGGUGGCAUAAGCCUCGAAAGCAGCUUUCGAAGAAGAAAACAAUCUGCAACUGCAAUAGCCUGAAUAAAGAGCUCGUUUUAAGAUUAGAUUUUAAACGGCAGGUCAGCCAUCUUUUAGACCCUCGAGGUGCCAAAAAAGAACGAGAAAAACCUUCCCAACUACCUGUACCUGGAACUUGGUUCUGCCUUUAAUUAUGGGAUUUUUUUCCUCUUUUUAGAUUAAAAAAAAAAAAGACAACUGAUUGUAUGACUGCUGGGAUAUUUUUAAAAUAUCUUGCCCCUUUUUUGCUCCAGGGGGAUGGGAGUUGCAGUUCAGCAUCUGAAGGAAUGCAUCAUAGACAUAUCUGCUCCCUGGGGAAGAAGAAGGCUUCUCAUUUCUGAUGCCUUAAUACUCUGCUUCUCAGAGCUUUGAAACCGAGGACCAUUUCCAAUAGCCCCCAGGGUGGUCAGUGCUGAAAAAUGGGUGCAGCUUCUCAUAACAGCAUUAAAGUGGUACCAAACUGAAAAAAAAACAAAAAAAAACCCAGAAUGAUUUUUAAGUUGAAACAUCAUUAAUAUGAAUGUUUAUUUAUGUGAGGAUUUGGGAUGGGAGCUCUAGGGCUCAACCAGCUGGAUCUUCAAAAUGCAGAUUUUCUUCAUUCCCUUUGAGGGAAAGAAAGAAGUUGGAGGAGCUGUAUUCAUUUGAUUCCUGUAUAGAAAGGAAAAACAAGGGGUUUCUCACAGUUAUUCGUCAUCUUCUCUGGACUCCUGGACAAAAUGUCACGGUGACUGCAGACCACAUGAGGAAGGGUACCUCUGAAUGGUUCUGUGUAUGUUUGAUUUUUCUAGUUGUUCCUGUUGUUCCAUUUGGGAGCAGUGUGGUUUGUUCAUAAUGAGAUUCACCACCUUCCCUGUUAAUCUAAGGGAGAACUAAAUUGGCCUUCUGCACUGAAGUUGCCUCUUUCUCAUCUCUUGGCAGCGUGAUCCUCUGUCCUGAAAACCAGAGGCCACCAGCCUGGGGUUGUGUUGAAGCUGGGAGUUGACAUUGAUAUAGCUGGAAAAGGGUUACACUCGGGGCCCCAUAAUCUGCUGCUGACACUGAGGUUAAAUUCUAGGGGUGAGGGGCAAUAGGGCUUCUAGACAGUAUUGAAUAUGAGUCGCAUAAACUAAUGGCAACCAAGAGAAUGGAAGCCCCGCUUCUGUGUAGUGGGAGGGAAAAUUAGCCAUGUUAGAGCUUUCUUUUGGCCCAUGCCCCAGAGAUGCAGUUAGAGGCAAAGGACCAGCUGUCCCACCAUCUUCACUAGGGCUGGCCAGGAGUAAGGGAGACUUUUUUUUUUUAAGAAUGUCUUAAUUAAGAGUUGGAUCUAUCAGACUCUUUUCUGGGUGUACCUCUAAAAACUAGUGCAGUCCGACCAUCCCCUCUGGCUUCUGAGGCACUCGAAGCAUUUGUGGAGGAAGGGUGCACAUUGUGUUUGGGAGGGGAAAUAGAAUCAAUGUUUGCGUGGGUUCGAUUCCAGCCCCCUUUGCUAACGUGUUUUCUGGCUAACCACCAAAGACUCUUUAACAAUCCUGCUGAUAGCUAUGGUAGUGGUGAAGGAGGGCAAGCAGCAGGGGGGCAUGUCUUCUUUUGAGGGGUCUAGUUCUGCUAGCAUUGAUGUGGUGCAACAUUACCGCCUUGCUGUAAAAUCCAAACUGGCAGUGCUGUUAAUGGAGCAGAGAGCUGCAAGCUCAGAGGGGAACUUUUCCGUGGGAAGAGAUUUCCUUAAGAUCCUGAAGACGAUGCCACCCAUAUCUAGUACUUGUGGUCACAGGUAUUAGGGAGCAAAGCUGAACUGUUAAGUGUCUGCUAAAAUCCUGAGUAGGAGGCCAGUGCAGGAGCAAUAUGAACAUCCAGCAGGCAGCACUUAUUCUCUUCUAGGCUUCCUUUCUGUUUGCCAAGUCUUGUCUCUGGCUGAGAUUCACUGCCUGGAAGAAAGAGGAGCAAGUUUGUUCUCUCACAAAAGGACUUUCCUGAAAAAAGAGGAUACAUUUCCUUAGCCUGUGCUGUUUAGAGAAAGCAUUCAGGACAGUUGGGCAUCUUCGCUUCGGCCAUCCUAACUUAGGUGCAUGUCUGUGGCAGUGGGUGGUCACUCUGGGCGUUAGUACGCUGAAUUGUUUUUACAAGGUGGGGAGGGGAGAGACUCUUACAAUUUGCAAAAGUAUCACAGCAAGCCAGUCUGCAACUUCCAUUUUGCUUUUUAGGAUGCUGGCUGGGUUUGUAACCACGAGAAUCUAAUGUUACUGUUUGCUCAGAGGCAGAAAUCUGAGAGAAGAUUGUGUUGUCAUGGACUCAGAAACAGGGCAUGGUGAUCGGUGCUGUGCCAUGUCACUGAGACGUUACAACCUGUCAGUAACUCCACUGUUGCUGGGUCUUGGACCUUCAGCGCACCUCUGAGGUUAGGAGUCUUCUAGUUAAGAAGACCUGAUAGGAUUUGUAACGGGUCAGGUGAAUCAUGGUGCAUUCAGGGUUGGAGAGGUGAUGGUCCUUGGUUGCUUAUUUUCCUUUGAAGCGAUCUGUAAACAGACCGGAUGGAGCCCUGAGCUGCCAUAAAUUAGCACAGCACCGUUGCGGUUUGUGGAGUCGUGCGUGUUUACACCAACGGAGGAACUGGCACAGAGUAUUUCCAUGAGUCACUGUAAACACUCUCAACCAUCAUCUGCAAGUUCAGGGUAUAGCUUUGUCCCUUUAGCCUUUAGGGCAGCAUAACACCUUCCCAGUCUGUUCUUUGUGACUCAGGACACACCUGGUGGCCAACCUGCUAGUAGACCAAUGUUCUCAUUUGUUCCGCUCCCAGAUGCCUGGGAUCUUUUGGUUUAUGCAGUCAGUGUGCUCCGCUUUGUUCCUCGCCGCUCUGGCGUGCUCCCCUUCUGCUGCGGGAAGGAUUCGUGCCACUUGCAAAUGAGUCCUUCCUUUGCCAGGCCUUUAGUUGUGGCUUGGCUGCACUGGGGCCUGCACAAGUUAAAAUAACAGUUCAUAUCCAGCAGCCUGUAGAGAGCUGUGGAAAAAUUGUCCCCCUUCCUUUUUUUGGAGGAGCUGAUGACAGGGUGUUUGUUUACUUCUCGUUUCAGGCCUCCAAGCUAAUUCUUUAUCACAUUGCCUAUCCCAGAAUGCUGCCCACUUCUGCUAUUAAUGGCAGUUUUUCUGCAGAGUUUUGGCUUUAAAAGGAAACGUAGAAAUGAGAGAAGUAAUCAGCUUAGUACAUUAUCUUAGUACAUCCCUGCCAAGGCAGCAUCUCCAAACCAGACAUGAAUUUUCCUCCCCUUUAACAGUUUUGUCAGCAUGUUAAAAUUAAAUAAAGCAUAGGAAAACCAAAACAGGGAGGUGAUGGAAAUAAUGACUACAGUACUCCCUUUCCCUGCCAAUCCACCAACAAUAAAACUAUGCACUGUUCCAUGCCUGUCUUCAUAGCUUUACUUUCUAAAUUAAAUCUGCCUUGCUAAUUAACCUUAUUCCUUAAUCAUAGCAAUUCUGUCUCUUGCUGUCCCAUUGUUAAUAAUUGUCUUACUCUGCUGAUUGUAUAUAACCCAUAUAAUGAAAAUGGGUUGUGUCACUGCUUCCUUUUAGGUGUGCAGAAUUGGGGCCAGAAGUGUUGAGCGAUAGAUACGGAUUCCAUCUAUCAUGAGUUCACAGGGGUUUGUUGAACCCCAUGUUUUAGUUGGAAGUGACUUCAUUUGGUUGACAUUUUUCCCCAAGCUCUCCAGCCAACGUGGCACCCAACAGAGCAGGUUCUUCCUUUUUAAACAGCUCCCUAUGCUUUGGCUCUUUAUUGCUAUUGUCCAUGUCAGAUCCAGGCAUGGUCCUAAACCACAUCUCUGCUGUUUUUCAAGUCAAUGAGAUUAACAGUGAUUUUCUAGGAAGGCUGCAAAGUCCUUGGAAGAAGAAGUGGCAAUUUCCUGCUCCUCCACUGUGUCUGUGAAGGUGGUUCUUCAUUCUGGUAUAUUGAACAUACCAUACCAUCCUGUACUUGGGAUUAUCCUUUGCAGAAUAUUCAGUGUACCUUAGUGAUUGACUUAAAACUAAAACCGUGUUCUCUGAGUCCCAUAGAAUCAUACAAAAGACUGUAUCUGUGUUUUAGACUCCUCUCUUUGAAAAUGGAAGCUGUCAGCUUUUUGUAAGGUUGAAACCUAAUUUAAAUGAACUCUUUUGUUGAAACUUCUGAGAGAGGUCUGCCUACAUUUCAGCUCCUUUUCUCAUUUUCUCACCUUAGCUAGGUAAGCUCUACCACAUACUUGUGCAGAAAGCCAGUAUUAAGUCACCAGGCUUUCUUUCUCUGGGGGGCAUUACAAGUAACUAUGUGAUGAGGAUACGUUGAGGACGUUAGUUUAACAUUUAUAUACAACUUUGAGAACCUAAUUUCCAUAAACUCCAGUCUCUUUUCAUCUAGUGAUUGCAUUAACAUCCUUUUAUUAUAUUUUGCAAAAACUCAAUUAAAUUUUGGCCUCUACUGUGGUAUCGGUAACAAAGGUUAUACCAGGCAGUUUAAAAAUGUAUACAUCUUACUUGCUUCAAGCAAUUUGAAACAACACAGAAAGAACUUUAAAAAUUAACUGUUUCCUCUUUGCAUUUUUUUCAGCCUAAAUGAAGAGAUGGGUCAAGUUGACUUGGAUUAGAGGCAGUUAGAGUGACUUAUUCAAGCCUUAGUGCAGUGCUUGGAUUGCAGACACUGAUUGUUCUUGAUAUAAUUUUGAUGGAUUUAUUUGAAAAUCGUAUCCGUCUCAUCUCUUUUCCUAAAGCAAAAGUUUUGGCUAGAAUUUGCUCUAAUGCAAAGUCCCUUUUAUUGCAAGUAUAGAUUUGGCCUGAUUUGGUGAUACAACAGUACACUGCCACACGUGAGGAUAAAGUUCAUGGCCCUCACUCAGUCCUUUUUUUUAUUUCUUGGGCCAGGACGGACUGGUAGUGCUGCAGGUAAUGGUGUGUUUGUUCCCUGGUAAAAGCAGAGCUCUGCCCAAGUCAAGGCUGGGAGAUAGCUAAAUGAUGAAAACACAGUUGGGAUUCUCAGAGCUCCAAAAAGGUCUUGAGCUGGGGCAGUGGUAACCAGCUGAUAUUACAGUUCUGCCAUGUUUCAGUUUUAUGUUUGUCGCUUAAGAGAUUCUGCCACUGACUGCAGCUUAUUCUGUGAAGUGCUGUGCUGAGAGACAUGUACUCAGAGCUGUGUCAAAUAUUAUGGGAGCAGAGAAAUAAUUAAAUGAGGCCAGAUCUUUUCCUGUGCUCCUGCAACCCAUGCUGCAAAUGGCUCCCAUUUUUUAAUUGGAAAAGUCCUAGUAGUUGAUCCAGGUGAUUGCUGGAUAAUAUGGGUCAUCAUUAGAGAAUGUAAAUGGCUGAGUUAUUAACCUUUGCUAAUAAACUGCAUAGGAGUAGUAGCUUUAAUUUGAUUUUGCAUGUUAGUUAAUUGCCUGUGUUCUCAGUGCAUCAGCUUAUUGCUUUAAUAAGCACAAAUGCACUGAAGCUGCCACAGCCUUUUUUUCCUUUGUUUUAUUCUACCCAUAUAUAUAUUUUUUUUAAGUUUAAAAAUAUUAUGUUGGGACUUGAAUCUACUCAAGUCAGGGCUGUUCACCUUUACUUGCCCAUGGCGAGACAUGGCAAGUUGUCCCUGGAGUCCUAGGUGUACUCAUGCUGGAGUUGCAGCCUUUCUUGGAGGCAAUAAGACUUUUUUCCCCUAAUGUUACCUGUAAUAUGCUGUGGCAUGCAUCUGAAUGUUUGAAUACGAGGGAGCUCUCCCAUUGUGAACUGUAUGGAGCCUGCACGGCAGAUGCAGUAAAAAGAAUUAAACUAGAAAUAGCUUUAAUUUUGCAUAUUUCCUUUGUGAUCAGAAGCUCCUCCUUCAAACCCAGCACUGUUCGAAUGGUUACAUCCUAGACUGGGAAUCCCUAUUACUGAUAAGCAGAGAGAAACUACACUGCAUAGAGCUAAGUUUCAGCAAACUGAAUUGUACCACCAAACACUGGCAAAAUGCUUACAAGGACCGCAGUGGGGUGAAAGCAAUUGUGGAGACAUUGGCAGCCUUUAGAAAUCCUGAAGUUUUGUCUUGCUUUGUUAAACCUAUUUUCACUUCCUUGUGCAACUUUACUUUAGACUCUUAUUUAAUUUGAGACCUUUUAGGUUUCUUCAUCCUGCUGCUAAUGGACUAGGCAUUAAGAACCAGUCUUCAAAGGGGACAAGACAAGCUUCUUCCAUUUGGCAUUAUAGUAUAUUGAGCUUUCUGCCUUUGUGAACAUUAAUUAACAUGCAGGAGCAAGCUCUCUGCUGGCAGCCACAUCCCCAGCCAGCUUUCAUUCUGGCUCCCUUACUACAUUUUUUCCCCUUCUGUUUACAAUCGUUUACGUGAUCAUUGAACACCGCUCGUUAAUAGCCUUGUUGUGGUGAGACUGCCUAUCAUAAUUCUUGUGUCUGGGUUGCAGUUGGACAAAAGACUUAAUUUGGUGGUGUUAGUUCUGUUUCUGGGUAAAAAGUUAGCUUGAAGCUGCUGUUUUAUAGCAUACACUACUUCUGCUUGGUGUAGUUUACAGUGGAACCAGCUGAAAAGUGUUGGGCUUCAGGAAAUCAUUACACUACUAGAUCCCCGGCUGGGGGAUAUGCUGAGAUAGGGAAGCAAUGCUUUCUUGUAUGCAUAGGAAGUUAAACCAUUCACAUGCCUUCACAUCGACCAGGGUAGCUGUUACUUCAUGGGGACAAUGCCCCCUUUAUAUAUGUGACUGUUAGAGUGCAACUGGUUAGGCCUAUAGCCAUACUCUCCGCUCAAAUGUUCUGUGCACGGUAAUAUAUACAUAUGUGCACACCUCAUAGUACUGCUAGCAGUGGUAAAGAUCCCCAGCCACGGGGUUUUUCCAUUACAGAUGCUGUCUUUCAGAGGGGUUGAAAUGUGGCUAUAAAUGCUUUUCUUUGGGGUAAGCAUGAGAUUUGGGAAAUACCAGGUCUCUUUAGGAGCACCAGGCUUCAUUUACAACAAUUGGAUUAGUUUCCAAAAUGAUACAAGCGGACAAAAAUGCAAAGGUUUCAGUUUGUCUGCAUUGUCUGAGACUUUUCAGAACGUGGGGCUGGAUCUCCCUCUGUCACAGUAGCUCACUAAUGAGAGCCUAAGUGACUGCUCCAGUGAAACAAGCCAGCAGCACGUGACAAAAGAGUGUGACGGCUACAAAAUAAACCCUUUUAAAUAUUUGUUUCAGAGUACUGAUAUCUAUGUAAACAUGAAAUUUAUAUUUAUAUUUAUUACUGUGUGUGGGUGUAUGUAUAUAAAUGGUCCGUAAUUAUUCCCUUCUCUUAAGAGUGUAAAUGGUACGUUACACAAUGGAUGGGUAAGUUCUGAUACGCAGCAGUAAUUCCAGGAGAAUAACGUCCUUUGCUUUAAUUCAGGAUGUGGGCAGCCUGUAGAGGAUGGCUUGAGUCCAUCCCUCUACAUCUCAUCCCUCUUAAAAGGGCAGGUGGGCCAAUUUGGUACUAGUAUCUCACUCUCAUGUAAGAGUCCUGCAGUUGGCAUCGUCAUAUUAGGAAAUUGCACAGCUACACCAUUGUGAGAUGUUCUGCCAGCAGGCAAGGCCCUGAAGUGGCACUCAUAACAGUAUGGGAAUGGGGAAGAUUGAAAGCUUGUCCCUUAGCUGUGGUUUAGGAAACCCAGGCCCAGAGUUCCUUAGAGAUUCUCCUCCUGCAUCACAAGACCCUGUCCCCACAAGUAGGCUGGGCAAGUUUGUCUGCGGGUGAAGUUUGUCUGCUGCAUAUCUUCUUUUGGAGUCUGUGGCAGAGGUGAUCUCUUUUAUUAGACCAACUAGAUAGUUGUAAAAAAAAAAAAAAAAAAUAGUAUUUAUUUACAAACUUUCAGGCUCACGUGCCCUUCCUCAGGCAAAGGAGACUGUUGUCUCAGGAAUGGUUUUCAAGCCAAAUUUGCAUACUUGCAGAGCAGCCUCAACACAACAGGACUGCCUUGCCCAGGAGAACUUUUCUAUCAUCAGUCCUCCUCUGAAAUGGGAAACAUCCUAACAAGACAGACCCAUAAUUCAACAUCCGGCUUGCCAUCAGGCACCUUUGAGGUGAACAGACUGCUCCAGCUUUUACCCGAGCGUAAUUUGCAUAAAACACACUUUUCUGGCCUGGAGAACUUACAGUACCCUCCAGCUCUCCUGCGCAAUAUAGAGUUUCAUUUCUACCUGGGAGAAACGUUACAGUCUUUGCAGUAGUCUUUGCCUGAGGAUGGGCACGUGAGCCUGAAAGCUUGCAAAUAAAGAAAAAUUUUUUACAACUAUCUAGUUGGUUUAAUAAAAGAGAUCACCUCUACCGCACUGACUGCUUUUGCUUUUUGAACCAGCACAGUUACAACCUUUAUCUCCGAUAUCUUUUUUUUGGUAAUGCAGUGUUGGACGGUUUAGAACAAGCAGUCCCAAAGGCAGUGACUCAGGAUAUUAGGCUAGUCUGUCAGUGUGUGGGGAGACAUGUGGUGUCGUCUUUGUCCAUCUUUCCAAUUCCAGCCUCUGCAGCUGUCUGAGCAGAGCUUGCAGCCAUGAAAGGAACUGCAUUUGGGAAGCAACAGUGCUGCUUUGGGACAAGUUGCUGCUGUGCUCUGAGAGGGUGCAGCUUCUUCCUUCUGUUCUUUUUUUUUUUCCCUUCUGCCCCAGGGAGAUCGCUUUGUGAUAGUCCGAUUCCCCACAAGCCUGAGGCAUGGGAGCCCCUGAAUACAAUGUAAGUAGGAUUCCUCUUCCUUUGCCAUUCACUAAUAGUAAACUAAUCCUCAUGGGCCAGAUUUCAUCUCUACUUCAAUUCUACUGAGGUCACAUGCAUAAAGCAGAUGGAUGCAUUUUGAUCUACUUUAGCUUUUCCUAAGUUAGGGCUGGAGACCUGGAAAGAAGCUGCUUCAGAGCCGUCUCUUUGGAGUAGGAUUUCAUUACAUUUCUUGGAGACUAAAAGCUCUGAGUCAGUUUCUGUUGGCUAUCAGGAUCUGAUGGCUGAUUUUUAGGUGCUCCUUUCGAUUUGAAGAUGACCAAAAGGGAGUAACCAUGGCAGUAUGUGCAUUGAAAGAGGCCUGAGGUUUUCCUGUCCUAUUCCAAGGGAGGCAAGCUACAGCAACAGCCAAACUUCAGCCUGUAUAUGUGGCAGCUCCUUCACAACCUCUGCUGACUUCCAUAGAGGUAACAGCAAAUGCCCUUGGAGUCAGCAUUUUGGGUCUAAUUUGAGCUCGGGUUCCUAGAACAAGUUUUGCACCCCCUUGUACUUCAUUUGGCUCCACUGAAAACUUGCCUGAAGAAGAGCUUUCAUUAAAAGCUUUGUUUGAAGAGAAAUGUCUCUGGGUUCCUGAAAAAAUAAAUAGGAUUUAAAUAGAAAAAAUGUAAUCCUCUUCUGUCUGUCUGCCUCACUGCUAAAAAUCAGAUGCAAAAGAUGCUGAUGUGCCGCUGAUUGAUAUGCUGCCCUUUUGAAGUGGAUAGGCCGUUGAAGUAGGUGGACUGGUCAAACAGUAUUUAUUUAGCUGCCGCGGUUUCGGCAUCUUGUUUCAUCCAUCUUACAGCAAUGUCAUCACCAGCACAAAGAGCUUGAAGGCCGCCAGGUAGCAUAGUAAAUGGACACGAAUCAAUGAUGUGGGACAUAGUUGAACUUGUGCACAAGGCAUUUGUCAUCAUUGCGAAAGCCCCAUUGGUAUAGAUUUGUGGCACAGUGACCCUGGCCAGUUCAAAAACAUACAAACAGUUAUAAAUUUGGGCAUCCUUUUAUCUUUUUCUCACCUUCUCCCCACCCCCUCCCCAAAGUUGCAGGGAACCAGGGUAUUGUUAGUCCGAAGAGAAUUUUUUAGAGGGAAAGAAAAUAGAUAAUCAUAGAAAAGCAUACUUAGAAAUGCACUGAAAUGAAAAAGUGAUAUAAAAUGCAAUAAUCCUUUUGAGUUAGCAAAUCACCUUGGGUUCCUGGCACAGUGUUCCUCCCUGUGACAAAGCUGGCAUUUACCAUGCAGUCAACCAGAGCAGUGAGAGGUGUAACUAACUAUCUGUGGUAUCCAGAGGACUGGUAAGAUCUGUCGUAGGAAGGUAAAGCAUUUCCAUCACGUGCCAAAAACCGGAUUUUUUUUAGGAUUAACAUCAUAAAAUGCCAAAUAAUCAGUAAUAACACAGUAAAACCUCUUCUGAUUUGGAAACGAUGUGAGAGAGCUGUUAAAUCUGUAACCUAGCCUAUAUGUGUGUUCAGCCUGGUGCGUUUUUAAUGAGGAGGACAAGUUGUAUAAGGGUCUCAGAGGGUUGAGAUGAAUGAACUGUAACCCAUCCCUUAUACACAGAUAUGUAGAGAGGAUCUUUGUCCCUUCCCUUCCGCAUGGGUUUGGCACUUAGCUUUAUGGGGUGGGGGUGGGUGGGAUGAAGCCUAUUCGCAUUUUGGUUUCGGUUCUUACCCAGACAAGACGCAUCCUGCCAGAACCUUUUGCUUUUUACAGCUGAUGCUGAGAGUAUUUUUAGUGACUUGUUUAAUAACCAGCGCUUUAAAAAGCAGGUUGAGUAUCUCAAGUGGGAAAGCUAGGUCUUAGGGCACUGGAUGUCAGUUUUUCUCCUAGCCGUAUUGCAGCAUUUCCAUCUGUGGAACAGCCUGGGUAUACAAAAUAUGGAUGAACAUGGAGAAAGCAAGGAGUACUUAUCUGGGUGAUGGGCAGAAGGCAGCUGUUAACCACGGUGGGAAGGAAACACGACAUUCAAGAGCGGGGCCUGCAUUUUCAUGUCCAACGGGAUACAGUAUUUUUUAUAAGGAGCCAUACUUUUUUUUAAAGUACUUUGAGAUCUGAAUGUGAUUUCUAAUGUCUCAGAACGUUAAUAUUUUAAAGCUAUAACAAAGGUUUAAAUUUCUACUAUUUUUUUCAUUUAUUUUAACUGUUCUGUUAUCUAUGACCUUAAAUGGAUGUAUGUGGUUGGGGAGUCAUUGCUUCUCCUCUUAGCAUUUGUUUCUAUAACCAGAAAUAAAAUUCUAUAUUAAAGAGAGA